UCGACGUGCACAGUCUGCGUGACACCCAACUGAAGCGUUGUGCGCUCGUCGCGUCCAAAAGGUGGGCACUCUGCGAACGAGAAAUGGUCACUUGCCGAUGCUUGGCGCGCCAAAGCAAUAGACUUCCCGACCGCAGAACAGCAAGCACGACCAGUGCAGAGCCGCGGCGCCAGGUUCGGAGCGUUGUGGGAGGACGCGGGACUGCAGCAGAGGGCGGUGGUCGGGUCUGGCAAUGACCACACCUCUCUGUCACCAGACUCCACCCUGCCCGGACGAAUGCGCCAGCCUUAUACUUGACACCCUCAGCCGUCGCGCGACUCAUGCCAGAGUUCCCAUGAGACGCGACGUCAGCCCACGCCAGCAUGGCCGACAUUGAACCCAGACCUCCGGCGAGAGCGGCCACCACCUCCACCACCGCGGUGAGAAAUGCAAGCACCUCAGCAACACCAGCCAAUGCUGCGACUAUCCGCUCGCGUAUACCCCACCGACAGUCCAGCGAUGGCCUAUCGCCUUCGCCGCGGCCGUCGCUACAGCCUCGACGGCGAUCAUCCUUGAUAUCGCUCUCCAGUAUCGACGAAGCGACCCGCUCCUUCACCGACGACUAUAUCAACCCCCGAACGAGCAAGAGACGCGCGGAUGAUGAAGAGAACGAGAUGACGAAUUGGCACUCCUCGCCGCUAGCGUUUGCACUGCUGCCAGCGCUGGGAGGACUGUUCUUCAAUAAUGGAAGCGCCUUCGUAACAGAUGUGCUGCUAAUUGGGCUGGCGGCCAUAUUCAUGAACUGGAGUAUACGGCUGCCUUGGGACUGGUAUUACUCUGCUCAAACGCUGCGGCGGGAUACACUGCCGGACCUCGACGAGGAUGACCUCGAGGAUGAGACCGCCAUCGAGACUGCCUCGUCUGCUGGGGAGUCGCCAAAAGCAUCGACGGAACACAAGGAGCCGUCAAGUAUACGGCAGAUCAGCAAACAAGAAGAAGCUGCUGCUAGUCUUCGCAAGCAAGAGUUGUUGGCUCUGGGAGGCACAUUCGUCUUCCCUAUCUUGGCUGCCUACCUGCUGCACGUUAUUCGCGCGCAGCUUUCCGGGCCGAGCAACGGAUUAGUCUCCGACUACAAUCUGUCCAUCUUCUUACUUGCGGCCGAAAUACGUCCAGUACGCCAAAUCGUACGCAUGAUCACGAACCGCACGCUACACCUUCAGCGGACAGUCACAGGAGUAGACGACCCCUUCGCAUCAGCACUUGACGAGAAGAGCACAAUCAACAAGCUUGCCGAGCGGAUCACAGACCUCGAGGCGCGACUCUCUGACCACGCUAUCGUUCCACCAACGAUGAACAUGGCACAAAAGGCGGAUAUCAAUGACAUGUCGAAUGAGAUUUCCAGACGUUACGAUAGCCGUCUAGAUAGCCUAGACCGAGCCUUACGACGAUACGAGAAACGAACUCUGACGAUGGGCAUGAACUUGGAGCAGCGACUGGGAUCAUUGGAGACGCGGCUGAAAGAGGCUCUCAGUCUUGCUGCUGUUGCCGCACAGCAUUCGCAGAACCCUGGCAUAGUUGCAACUGGACUAUCGACGCUCAGUAGCAUCAUUGCCUUCCCUUUGAAAGUGGCGUACAGCGUCUUCAUUUGGCCAUUUUUGGCAACGGAGCAAUUGUACAACAAGACCAGAUCAAUACUACUCGGGCCUGCUGCACCUCGCUCUCCCAAACGCAAGGCUAGUCGCACCGAGGCCCGCGGGAGAGAGGAUAGUCGGUCGCGUGAGAAGCAUGCAGCGCGAAAACUGUCUCGCGAAGCCAGGCGUGGCUGAUAGCAUCACGCUAAGCAUCGAUGGAACAAUCUGAUUUAUGGUGGACAGGAAAACAAUCAGCAGCGAGCAUUGAUACCCCUGGUUGGAAUUUGCUGUCAUUGCAAUAUUGACGUAUAUACGAAGUACAAGCCCUAUUAUCCUCGUCCUAUCCUACAACC